CUGCUGGUCGCCUAGUAGACCCUCGAGUCGGUUGCCGCCUGACUCCUGCCCCCCCCCCCGCCCGCCAGGCCCGCUCCAGAGUCUUGGAUAUGGACCUUCUUCAGUUCCUGACCUCCCUGUCUGUCCUGCUAUUGUCUGGAACAGGAGUCACAGACACCCUGAGGACCUCCCUGGACCCGAGCCUGGAGAUAUACAAGAAGAUGUUUGAGGUGAAGCGGAGGGAACAGCUCUUGGCACUGAAAAACCUAGCACAGCUGAACGAUGUCCACCAGCAGUACAAGAUCCUGGAUGUCAUGCUCAAGGGGCUCUUUAAGGUGCUGGAGGACUCCCGGACAGUGCUCACUGCUGCAGGUGUGCUCCCAGAUGGGCCCUUCCCCCAGGACGAGAAACUGAAGGAUGCUUUCUCCCAAGUGGUGGAGAACACAGCCUUCUUCGGCGACGUGGUGCUGCGCUUCCCAAGGAUCGUGCACCACUACUUUGACCACAACUCCAACUGGAACCUCCUCAUCCGCUGGGGCAUCAGCUUCUGCAGCCAGUCGGGCGUCUUUGACCAGGGCCCCCACUCACCCAUCCUCGACCUGAUGGCCCAGGAGCUGGGGAUCAGCGAGAAACACUCUGACUUCCAGAACCCAUUUAAAGUAGACCACACAGAGUUCAUCUCCAGCACUGACCCUUUCCAGAAGGCCCUGAGGGAAGAGGAGAAACGCCGGAAGAAAGAAGAGAAGCGGAAAGAGAUCCGAAAAGGCCCUCGGAUCUCAAGAUCACAGUCUGAGUUAUAGCCCUGGAACGGGCCAGGGCUCACGGGACCAGGAGGCGGCCAGUUGGGAGGAAAAGGAGAGUGCAGAAGCGUAGCUGAUGGUGAGCGCUGGUGCCUUCAGAGAGGAGGCCAGAGUCUGCUUGGCCCCCUGGGGCUGGCUCCAAGCCCCCACUGAAGGGACUGGGCCAUAGAGGGCUGGACUUCCUCCCAGGGACCUCCCUGGAGGGGUGCCAAGGGAUCUUCCAGAGGGCACUGUUCUGCAGACCUAACCCUGUGGAGAUGCUGGGGGAAGCAGGAGGGAUCCUGGGCUGGACUCCUUCCCCCACCACUGUGGGUUUGGACCGCUGGCCCGCUGGCAGCCGCUCCUCACGAGGAGGCGGCAGAACUAGGCUCUGAGCCAUGUGCAGAGGUGUUAUGCCUGCUGCUGGCCCCACUGUAUCACUGAGUUGCCGGGCACAGAUCCUAGCCCCCUGCAGAGAAAAUAAAAGCCAGCAAAUGCUCUGGGCUGACCAAGGCUGGUUUGGGCCCCAGGGAGAUGUGAGCCUCUCCAUGGAGCAGGUGAAGGGGCCUGGGCAGGGGUGUCAGGGGCCCUCAGCUAUAGAGACCACCUUAGAGAAUGUUCUGCCUACCCCAGAGGAGCCUCAGGCCCUGGCAGGGCAGCAAAGCAGAGGCUUGGCUUCGGCCUCCUAUUCCCUUCUCAGCACUGUCUUUGAUGAGGGGUCAGUGUUGGGAAGGGACCAGAAGUAUCCUUCCUGGGAGGGUGUUUAGCCCAAGAUAGUCUUGGAGCAGCCUGAUCUCUGUCCUCAGGUAUUGAGGGACAGUCAUUGAGCAGGCAGGCCCAGGGAAGAAUCAACUUGUCCUCUCUGGCAGUGCAGGGAGCCCCUGGGCCUGUUGGGGGCACUGUUGGGGGACAGGCUGCAGCUUUGCAGGAGGCUGUACUUUGUAGCGGAAGGGCUGCUCCUGGGAUGGAUGGGCCAGACAGCAAGCUCCCUGUGUCAGGAGGCCUGUAAGCAGAGACCAGGGCCAGGGGGGUAGGGAGCUGCAGAGGGACUCAGGCCCUGAGUAGGCAGCCACCCUUCAGUCACGCCCCUCCCAGGCAGAGAAGGGAGGGGCUCUGGGAGGAAUUCUAGCUCUGUCUCUUGACUUUGCCAAGCCAGGGAAGAGACACACAGCUAUCCCCAAUAUCCUACCACUAACGGAGCCCAAGGGAGAACCAGGGUCUGAGCCCAUCAGACUUGCUGAGUGACCCUGGCCCACCCCUUCCCUGUGCAGUGGCUUCAUUGCUGUAAUGAAUUUGAUAAUGCCUGAACCCUCUGCCCAGCUCCAAACUGCUUCUCUGAGGUUGGGGCCUGGUUUCUCAGUGACAAGAGCCCUUCUCUGAUGGUUCUGAAGAACCUAAGCUACUCCAUUUUGUCAAAAAGAGAACUCCAUUUUGUGAGAUUCUGGGAAAAAGACUUUGGAAAUCACCCGACCUCACCCCACUACCCACGAGCCAAUCAGACCUCGGACCAAAAUCUCCUGAUUUUACAUUCAGGAAUUUGUGGUUCGCCUAGGUAAUAAGAACUAAUCAGAAAUCAACACACAACCCCUCGGAAGAGGGUGACCAAUCAGAUGUCCUCCAGCCUGGAAAUCCCCUUUUUCACAAAUAUACCCUAUAUAAGCAAUGUAACCCAAAACUCGGGGCU